AGCGUGGGUCCGUACAUGGUCCGUACCAUAUUAUUCGUACUACAAUAUAAUUGAAUUUAAUAAUACAAGGUGCAUGUUUAGUUAUCAUUUUAAAUCUUGAAAGUGAACUUAACACGCAAUGGCUGAUGAGGAAUAUGAAGCUGAUGACGCGGGGGCAGACUACGAUGAUAUCGCCGAAGAAGAUGACAACAUCGAAGAAGCCGAGGAGCAAGAGGAGGAGGGCUACAACGUGCAGUGUCUAGCUCCCGGCCAGGCUGGGGGAGGAGUGGAGAAAUCUAAAAGAAUUACCACCCGGUAUAUGACGAAAUACGAACGAGCUAGAGUCUUGGGUACUAGAGCACUUCAAAUAGCCAUGUGUGCCCCUGUGAUGGUCGAGCUGGAAGGUGAAACCGACCCCCUGCAGAUAGCCAUGAAGGAACUCAAGCAACGGAAAAUUCCCAUUAUCAUCCGAAGAUACCUCCCUGACCAUUCCUAUGAAGACUGGAGCAUUGACGAACUGAUUAUCAUUGAUCAUUAGUUUAUACAAUAGAUGACUUUUUGAUAAUUCUUAAAGAUUAUCUUUGGUGAAACUACUUUUAUAAAUAAGAUUUAGUUUAAGUAUUAUAUACCAGUAAAUAGCAUUUUUAGACUUGCCUCGCGCGGGCUGCCUCGACCGAGGCACGUCUGCACUGGCCGUUUUCUGCACGAGGAAAUUGCUUUGCGCGUAUGCUUGCUCUGUGUGGACCCGCUAUUCUGGUCCAUCUAUUCAAAGUAAUCACAUUUUUGAUAUUGUGAUCACAAAACCUGGAAGUACAGUUAGCAGCAGAAGUAUGUAAGCAAAUGUAGAAUAAAAGACGCUCAAAAUUAUCUGCACAUGUUAUCGCUUUUGAUAAUAGUUUCAUUCAUUAAACAGAAUUUGUUUUUUAAUAUGAAUGUAUCAAUAUUUUUUUACUUUAAUUUAUCAUAUUCAUAGACUACAUUGUCUUCAUCAUAAGAAAAAAUACAGCACAUUUAGGAAUUAUUAAACUAGGUAUCUGAUCUUAAGACAUCUAUCAUAUCAUA